CUUCACAAAGAAGACGUGGCGGGAUGACGUCACUUUCCUCGUGGAAGACCAGCGGUUUUAUGCCACUAAAGUAAUAUUAGCCAUAGCUUCACCAGUGUUUGAAGCUAUGUUUGGCACCAACUUUAAAGAAAGUGGAGAAACGGAAAUACCUUUACCAGGUAAAAAACCUGAAGAUUUUAAUGAGUUUCUGAAAAUGAUAUAUCCAAACACAAAGAUGAAGAUAUGCGCUGAUAAUGUGUACAAACUACUUCCACUAGCUGAUGAGUAUGAUGUUAAAUCAGUUGUGAAAAAAUGUCGGAGAUAUCUCAGUUUCCAUCUGAAGAAUGACCAGGCUUCAACAGAAGAAAUUGUACUUUGCCACAGUCUUGCUACCCGCUACAAAUUUCAGGGUCUUCGGGAUGUUUGUGCGUCCCGUCUUUCUGAUAUUGGACUGAAAGAAAUACAAUCCAGUGGCCUGGAUGACACGGAAACCCUGCUUGAACUGCAUAGAGACAUCUUAAAGAAGCAAGGAGAAUUACUUGAUUCAACACGAACAGAGUUGACUGAGAUGUAUAUGAAAUCAGAUUUAUCAUUAGAAACCGUGUCGGAACGUAACUUUCCGUUUUGGAAAGGAGCUAUUAUCAAGUUCAAAACAUGCCUAGAUCUAUCGAUAGAGGACAGGAAAAUAAGUAGCCCUGUGUCUGUAUGGAAUAUAAACUUUGCAGUCAUUACGAAGAUCACAAAAAGAGGACAUGUUGAUUAUCUCUCUGUUUUAUUGACAGCUACAUAUCCUGAAGAAAAAGAUAACCUCGCUUGUAUUGUGGAUGCAAAACUCCAGUUACGGCAUAUUGGAACAAAUGUUGGGCCACAUCAUUGUUUUUCUAUAAGAGAAAAGGAAUUUUCAAAAGAGUUGAAAUUCUCUCAUGGCUUCCGUAGGAGAGUACUAGACCUUAUAGCGGAUGAAUAUUUUGUGGACGAGAAAAUAGACACGGUGAUUUAUUUCGUGGCAAGGAAGCCUUUCGUCAAAAAUCAGUGAAUUAAGCAACGGGAUGACCCUGACAGAAAAUAAACUAAACACAUUGGAGCCGUGCCAUGACAAAACCAACAUAAUGGCUUUGUGACCAGCAUGGAUCAAGACCAGCCUGCGCAUCCGCGCAGUCUGAUCAGGAUCCAUGCUGUUCGCUUACAAACUCUAUUACAAGUAGAGAAACUGAUAGCGAACAGCAUGGAUCCUAAUCAGACUGCGCGGAUGCGCAGGCUGGUCUGGAUCCAUGCUGGUCGCAAACCCAUUAUGUUAGUUUUGUCGCGACGCGGCUCAUUUGUAUUACUAGUAUCUUGGACAUGUUACAACGUAGCAGACGGUAAUAUUUUGGAAAAGGUGAAAAGACACCUUUGAUUAAAUUAAAGUCAGGAAUUUUUAAAGUUUGUUUCAGGUUUUGUAAAUCGUUUUAAUUGUCACAAAUUUUGUUUUGUUACAAUACAACACACAAAAGAAUUGUGUAAUAUUAUUUUGAAGUACC